CCGUGCACGGCCAUCCGCGAGGUGUCGCUGCUGCGGGAUCUCAAACACGCCAACGUGGUGACGCUGCAUGACAUCGUCCACACGCCCCAGUGCCUCACCCUCGUCUUUGAGUACCUGGAUCGGGAUCUCAAGCAGUACCUGGACGACUGUGGCAACGUCAUCAGCAUGCACAAUGUCAGGCUGUUCCUGUUCCAGCUGCUGCGGGGCCUCGCGUUCUGCCACCGGCACAAGGUGCUGCACCGUGACCUCAAGCCCCAGAACCUCCUGCUCAGCCGCCGCGGGGACCUCAAGCUCGCCGACUUCGGUCAGGGGACCCCAAAAACAUGCCCUGGGACCCCAACUUCCCCCCUGGAACCCUCAAUACCUUCCUUGCCCCCCCCCCAGAAUACCCCAAAUCCUUGUCCCUGUGCUUCUAAAAUAAACGUGGUGUGUAUCAAAACACAACCUGAGACCCCCAAAAGUCUCUCAUGUCCAGGUACCAGAAUUCUCCAGAAAUGUCUUGGAGACCCUUGUGGGGACACCAAUUUCCUCCUCAGAGACCCCAGUUAUCCUACAGCGGGGCAGUUCGAGGGGCGACGGCGGCUGCCGGCGGCGGAGGCCAUGGCACACCCCUUCUUCGGCUGCCUGGGCCCAAGGGUCAGCUCCCUGCCCGACACCACCUCCAUCUUCGCCCUGAAGGAGAUCCAGCUGCAGAAGGAGCCGGGGCUGCGCACGGCCCCCCUACCCCCCCCAGGUUCUUCCGCCUUCCGGGUGCUCGACACCGAAUUCUGAUGCUGAGCAGCCCCUGGACUGCUGCUGCAACCUCCCAGGACCCCCCAAAACUGAGGGGGGGGGGAGGGGGUGUGCCACAAAACUGGGGGGUGAUGCCCAAAAUGAGGGCUCACCCCAAAACUACGGGAGGGCCCCCUGGCCCGGUAACCACGGCCCCCCAGACGACCCCCCGAAGAACCGCUGCUGGAUUUGGGGGGGGGUCAUGUGGGACCCCCCCAUUGGAGGGGGGUUUGGGGUCCCCCCUAUUUUUUGGGGGAGUUCCCUUGAGUCUGGGGUUUCUUUCCCCCCCCCCAGUUUACUUCGAGUUUUAUUUUUUCAAGGCAAUAUUAUAAAUAAGAGUCUAUAUGGGUCCCUCCCCCUGAGGGGCGGGGCUCAGAGGGGGCGGGGCCUAGCAGGGGCAGGGCCUGGCAGGGGCAGGGCCACCCUGGGAGCAGUUUUGGGGCGGGGAGGGUGAGGGAGGGGAGUCACAGUGUCCUUCUGGGCUUACUCUGAGGUUACUUACGCUCAACUCCAGGGUCACCCUGUUGUUAUUUGAGGCUUCGGCGCCUCCCAGGAGGUUCCCCAGGGUGGGGGGGGCUUACUCCGAGGUUGGUCCCCCUUCACUCCAGGGUUACCCCAGGGUUACUCAGGCCCAGCUCUGACUUUACUCCAAGGCAGCUCAGGCCCAGCUCUGCGGCCACACCUGCCCUACUCCAGCCUUAUUUCCUGACUCCUCAGCCUCGACUUGCUCACUGCUGGAGUGUCACUCCCUUUCUACUCUCGAUUACUCAGAUGUUACUCAGCUGAGGUUAUUAGCCUCCCUCUCCUGGGUUGCUCGUGGGAUUGUUACUCUGAGCGUUCCUGGCCCUUA